CUGAACAGGUAGGACAGCACUGAUUACUGCUCUGCUUAGUUCAUUACACUCAGAUUUUUAUAUUAAUAUGAUUUUGGUAUAAAUGUAGAUAUAUAUAUAUAAUUUUCUGCAAGGCAAAGUCCAGGUAUAUAUCAGUUCAUGUCACAGGAUCAAACAUGGACCUGGUACUGAACUUGGCUGACUCUCAUUUCUUCACUCCGUAUGUGUACCCGACCUCCUGGCCUGAAGAUGAGCCUCUGCGACAGAUCAUUGGGCUGCUGGUGGUCACCAACCUCGGCGCUGCGAUUUUGUACCUUGGCCUGGGAACUUUAAGCUACUACUUUAUAUUUGACCACAAUUUCAUGAAACACCCUCAGUUUUUAGAGAACCAGGUGAGACGCGAAAUAAAGUAUGCUAUGACAUCUUUGCCUUGGAUCAGCAUUCCUACAGUCGCACUGUUUUUUGCUGAAGUACGAGGCUACAGCAAGCUUUAUGACGAUGUUAGUGAAUCUCCACUAGGUUGGUCAGGACUGAUCUUUAGCAUGGUCUCCUUCCUGUUUUUUACCGAUAUGUGCAUCUACUGGAUUCACAGAUUCCUGCAUCACAAACUGAUCUAUAAGAAUUUCCAUAAACCUCACCACAUCUGGAAAGUCCCGACUCCGUUCGCCAGCCACGCUUUCCACCCUGUGGACGGCUUUCUUCAGGGUCUGCCCUACCACAUCUACCCUUUCCUCUUUCCCCUGCACAAGGUACUCUACCUGGGCCUCUAUGUGUUUGUUAAUGUAUGGACCGUCUCAAUUCACGAUGGUGACUACCGGGUCCCUCGGGUGAUGGAGAAAUUCAUCAACGGAGCUGCACAUCACACAGAUCACCACCUGUUCUUUGAUUAUAACUACGGUCAGUAUUUCACGCUGUGGGAUCGCCUCGGAGGAUCGUACAAGCAUCCGUCAGCUCUGAUGGGGAAAGGGCCGCUUGACUGCAACAAGAAGAGUUCAUUAAUGGGGCAUGCUAACGGAAAAGAAGAGUAACUCACCACUGUUUACUGUUUAAGGCAUGUCUUCUUCAUCAAAGAAAUGUGCUGUUAAUCUUGUAGAGCAGGGAUUCUCAAACAUUUUGCAAAAACAAAAAUCAGUUCAAAAUAUCAGAACAUAUUUGUAUUGAAAUGCCAUUAGGUUUAUUAUUACAGUCCUUCAUUUCUGUUUCUGCAGAUGCUUUUCUUUAUAAAACCAUACAUUUCUAGGAACCCAGGGUUUUAAUUUGUUGUUUAAUUUAAGUUAAACAUGUUUAAUUUAAGUUGUAUGCUUUUAAUUUUUUUAGAAAGCUAAACUAAAGCAAUUGUUUUAGAUCUACUUCACAGACCUUUUUUGGGAUCCAGUUUUAAGAACCAAGGCUCCAGAUAAAUCCCUGAGCUUGAACACUAGUAUAUAAAGUUGAAUGCCUUUCAUCAGCCUUUCAUUAAUCUUUACUUUUUAAUGUUGACAAACAUAGGACACCAAGGAUCACCAAAUAAUAUAUUCCUUACCGUUGUCCUUCUCACAUGCAAAUAAUAUUUAUUGUGUGCUGCCUAAAAAUACAAUGAAGUUAUGAAGAUGCCUUAACAGUUAAGACACAUUUCUUACAAACGAUAUGUUUAUAAUUAUUCAUAACAAGCUAGAGAUAAAAUAAAUAAAUCGACUCCACACCAUUUGUAUAUACUCUAUAUGGCCAAAAGUAUGUGGACACCUGCCCAUCUCACACACACACACACGUUUCUUCCCCAAACAGUCGCUAAGAUGUCUUUGUGUACUGUAGCAUUUCAGGUUCCCCAAAACUGUUCCAGCAUGACCGUGCCAUGAAGACAUGGUUUGCCAAGGUUAGUGUAGUAGAGCUUGAAUGUCCUGCACAACCCCACUGAACAUGAUUGGGAUGAACUGGAAGUGCAUUAUGCAGAAUUGAGUGCAAAGUAAAAUUGUCACUAAUUUUAAUAUUCACUUGCUAUUAAAGGUUGGGUAGCGGUGUGUUAAUAGGAAGAAUUUAGGCUGCGUUUUAGAGAAGUGUAAAUGAAAUGUGGAAAAGGGAAUUUUAAAUUAAAUUAUACACUAUAAAUUACUUAAUACUCUUUAAGGAAUAAUGAGUGAAUAAAAGCUGAAAUGCCACAGAGUUUGUUCAUGAUGGGGUGUGAUGUUGGGCAACAAUGUUCUCUUCCGUUAUAUGACGUGUUACUAUAUUGCACGUGUAGUCUUUUGUUAUACACUGCCUCGGCUGAGCAAGUACAUUUACAUGAGGAGAAUUGUUUAAAUUCGACAUUUUUGCCUGAAUUGUAUCAUUCAAUAUCACUUUCUGACAGGUGACCGUUCUGAUGUUUGAGUAUUUCAACAUAUUCAGCUACAUUUCUUACUUUAUUGCGCAUGCGGAUUCCACAUUAAUGUGUUUUAUCCUGUCCAACAUGCAGCAUAAAGCUGAACAACCUCAUCAUUUGAUUAAGAGAUCAAGUUCAAAUGUGUGUGAAUGAUCAUUUGAUCAUUAACUGAUCAUUUGAUUAAGAGAUCAAGUUCAAAUGUGUGUGAAUGACUGAGAGUAUGAUUUAAAAAAAAAUUUAUAUUUCCGAUAUAAAGCUUAUUUUCAUGGA